UUUUUUUUUACGCUACGCCCGAUAGUUAAAUUUUGCAACGUCAAAAAAUUAGAAGAAAAAAUUUAUUUUUUUUUUGUCGUUUUAAAUUAUUUUAAAUGGGAAAAUUUUAUAAUUUGUAAAUUUAUUUAAUUAUAAUUUAUAUUUAAUUAAAGAGAAAAUAUCAUACAAAUGUGAAUAAAAAAUCAAAAAAAAAUGUUAUUACUUCAGAAUUGAAUUAUAAAAUCUACAUACACACAUAUACAUGUUAUGUAUAUACAUAAUAAAAAUAAAUGAAGUGAAGCAGAAUGUGCGAAUAGCGAUUGAAAAAUAUGCUUAAUUUAUUCAUAAUUUUAUCAUAAUUAGAAAAUUUUUUAUAAUAUAUUAAACAUUUCGGGAAAAAAAAUAUGUAAUUUAAAUAUUUCACGUAUAAGAGAUAAUUAUAAAAAUAUAAAAAUUUUAAUUAAAUGACGAAUAAUUUUUAAAUACACUCCAACAUAUAUACACAAUAGCUAUAAAUAUAUCUUUAUACUAAUGUAUUUUAAUAUGUAUUUUAUAUUUUUCUAAAUAAAAAAAAAUAUAAAUUUUUAUGAUACUUACUGAUUUAAUGUUAAAAAAAUUUUCAUAGUGGUCAAUAUUCAGUGACAGUGAUUUUCUUCAAUUUUGUAUAAGCAUUGCUUCAGUAUAGAUAAAGUGGUGGCAGCGAAGAAAAUAAUUUAAAUUAUAAUUUCUUAUUUCUAAUUUGUAUUUAAAAUUAAUAGUCUAUUAACAUCACUUUUAACUUAAUUUAUCUAGUUCUAAUUGUUAUCUAUACCUGUCAUUUAAUUUGUACCUAUACCUACUUAUGCUAAUAUCAAUCAACCUUAAUAGCUAAAUUUAUGAUAAACACUGCAUUAUCUACAUGAAUAUUUGGACUUUCAUAAAAAAAAAGAGAUAUUUUCUAAUUUUAUAAUACAUUACUUAUAUAAAAUUCGAAUUUUUCCAAUAUAAUUAAAUAAAAAUUUAAAAUAUCUAAAAAGAAAGAGUAAUAAGAAAAAAAAUGGCUGAAGGGGAAAAUAAUACAACAGUAUAUGGAUAUUUACCGCACAAUAGUGAUGUUUAUAAUGAUGAAGGCGUUAGUCAAAUUCGAAUUAAAGUUUUGGCUGGUAAAUCAUUGGCUAAAAAGGAUAUAUUUGGUGCAAGUGAUCCUUAUGUUAGAAUUGACCUAAAUACAAUCAAUGGUGAUAUUAACAUUGAUUCCGUUCUUACAAAAACUAAAAAAAAGACGCUAAAUCCAGUAUGGAAUGAAGAAUAUACAUUUAGAGUGAAACCAAACAUACACAAAUUAGUAUUUCAGGUAUUUGAUGAAAAUCGUUUAACUCGUGAUGAUUUUCUUGGAAUGGUAGAAUUAUCAUUAGCGAAUUUACCUAGAGAACAAGAUGGAAGAGAAAUACCAGCAAAAUCAUAUCCAUUAAGGCCAAGAAGGUCAGUAGGUGCAAAAUCGCGUAUAAAAGGUACACUAGAAAUAUAUCAUGCGUAUAUUAGAGAUUUGGAUUCACCUGCUGCUACAACCGAUAAUGAUUGGGAGCAUGUGGAAAAUGUUUCGAUUAUUUCUAGUGCUCCAAGCACGUUUGGAAAUAACUCUACAGUUGAGCCUUUACCACCUGGUUGGGAGGAGAGACAAGAUGCAAAUGGUCGAACAUAUUAUUUAAAUCAUAUUGCUAGAACAACACAGUGGGAAAGGCCGACCUCAGUUCAUUCCACAAAUCAACAAGUCGAGGCAGCAGCAUCAGAUUUUCAGAGAAGAUUUCAUAUUAGCGCUGAUGAUUCCGAAAAUCAAAGGAAUCAGGAAUCUUUGAGUUCUGAUGAAGGAAUUAAUAGAGAUAGUGCUGUAGAUCUAUUACGAAAUGUUUCAAGUAGAACAAGAUAUUCUGAGAACGAUAGACAAUAUGGAAAUAAUAAUGGAAGUAGCGAAGAUGACGAAGAAGAUAUAGAUGAAGGAGAAGAUGAGGAGGGGGAGGAAGAAGAUGACAUUGAAGAUGAAGACGAUGACGAUAUUGAAGAGACUGAAGAAAAUACAAAUAAUAAAAACUUACCAAAGAUAUUUACCGAAGAUAAUGACCAAGCUGAUAGCGGUAAUAGGUCAGAAAACUCUACAGCUUCAACAAGAAGAAAUUCAAACGAUGGUGAAGCUUCUCCAGAACAACCGGUUAAUAAUAGUGAAGAAGAUGGUUUACCACCAGGUUGGUCAAUGCAAGUAGCUCCAAAUGGUCGUACAUUUUUUAUCGACCACACGGCUAAGAAAACGACGUGGAUCGAUCCACGUACUGGUCGCGCUAGUCCAAUGCCAAAUCAGACAAGUAGGAGGGUUGAAGAUGAUUUAGGUCCUCUACCUGAGGGUUGGGAAGAGCGUGUUCAUUCAGAUGGAAGAGUAUUUUAUAUUGAUCAUAAUACAAGAACAACGCAAUGGGAAGAUCCUAGAUUAUCAAACCCAAAUAUCGCUGGGCAAGCUGUACCAUAUUCUAGAGAUUAUAAACAAAAAUAUGAAUACUUUAAGGGUCAAAUUAGAAAACCUACAAAUGUACCUAAUAAAUUAGAAAUUAGAAUAAGAAGAAUUUCAAUAUUAGAGGAUUCGUAUAGAAUUAUAAAUUCAGUUAAUAAAACCGAUCUACUUAAAACGAAAUUGUGGAUAGAAUUCGAAGGAGAAACUGGUUUAGACUACGGUGGCCUUGCUAGAGAAUGGUUUUUCUUAUUAUCAAAGGAAAUGUUUAACCCGUAUUAUGGUUUAUUUGAAUACUCAGCUAUGGAUAAUUACACAUUGCAAAUUAAUCCAUUUAGUGGCUUAUGUAACGAAGAACAUUUGAGUUAUUUUAAAUUUAUUGGUCGGAUUGCUGGAAUGGCCGUUUAUCAUGGCAAAUUAUUAGAUGCAUUCUUUAUUCGUCCAUUUUAUAAAAUGAUGUUACAAAAGCCGAUAGAUUUAAAAGAUAUGGAAUCUGUUGAUACUGAAUACUAUAAUUCAUUAUUAUGGAUUAAAGAGAAUGAUCCUACGGAACUAGAAUUAACUUUUUGUGUUGAUGAGGAGACAUUUGGUCAUACAAGUCAAAGAGAAUUAAAAACGAACGGUGCUAACAUAAAUGUUACAAAUGAUAAUAAGGACGAAUAUAUUAAAUUAGUUAUUGAAUGGAGAUUUGUGGCACGUGUUAAAGAGCAAAUGGGAGCAUUCUUAGAAGGUUUUGGUUCGAUAAUACCAUUAGCAUUAUUAAAAAUUUUUGACGAAAAUGAGUUAGAAUUACUUAUGUGUGGUAUCCAAAACAUUGAUGUUAAAGAUUGGCGUGAUAAUACAUUAUAUAAAGGAGAUUAUCACAAAAAUCAUAUUAUAAUACAAUGGUUCUGGAGGGCUGUGCUUUCAUUUUCAAAUGAAAUGCGUUCAAGACUGUUACAAUUUGUUACUGGGACAUCACGAGUACCCAUGAAUGGUUUUAAAGAAUUAUAUGGUUCAAAUGGUCCACAGAUGUUUACUAUUGAAAAAUGGGGAACACCUGAUAAUUAUCCAAGAGCACAUACAUGCUUUAAUAGACUCGACCUUCCACCAUAUGAAGGAUACCUACAAUUAAAAGAUAAAUUAAUUAAAGCCAUUGAGGGUAGCCAAGGGUUCGCUGGAGUUGAUUAAAUUAAAUAUAAAUUUAAUACAUUUAAUAAUAUAUUUAUAUACUUAUUCAAUAAAUAUAAUAAACAAAAAAUAAUUUUAAAUUUAAAAACAAUUUUUAUUAUUCCUACAUUUAAAUCUCCUAUUUCAUAGCAUUGUUAAUGAAAAAAAAAAACAAUAGGCGUUAUUAAUCAUUAGAUAUUUUUAAUAAAUUAAAGAUUAAAUUUUAAAAGUAAAAACGAAGCAAAACAUUUACAAAAAUAUUUUGUUUGUACUUAUUAUAAAAAAAAAAAUUAUUGUUGAAUUUUUGUAAUGUAAAAACAAAAACAAUUAAUUUUUGGAGAUACAUACAUAUGUAAUUUUUUUAAAUUUUCUUUUUUAAAUUAAUAAUUUGAUAGUUUUUGUGGAAACAACUUUUUAAUAGGUAUAAUUAUAGGUGAUUAUAUUUCAUAAUUAAUUAAUUUACCUAUAAAUUAGUAAUUUUGUGUUCUUAUAAAGCCAAUGCAAUAUUAAAAGUUAAAGCAGUUUCAUAUUGUUUUUUUUUUUCUUCUUCGCUUUAUAAAAUAAAUACUUUACACAUGUAAUCACAAAUAUUCAUAGAGCAAAGGACAUCACUUUUGUACUUACAUAUAAAAUUUUAUUUAUUCUUAAAAGACCUAUGUUAUAUAAUUCCUUAUAAACUUCAAUUAUAAAAUAUAAAUUACCUUUAACUUUAUUAAACUAUAAAUGUGCAAUUAGAAAUUAUUGUCAUAAAUUUUUUCAAUAAUUAAAAUAUUUUGUUAAAUUUGUUGAAUAUAAACAAUUAGCGUUUUUAAUACUUUAUUAAUUCAACAAAAUCUUGUAUUGAAGUUUACAAUUAUUUCAUUUAAAAUUAUUCCAUAAUUGUGAAUUUCUACAAGUUAAUUUUUUUCUAAUUUAUACAAAUAAAUCCACAAAUUAGCCUUCAUCUAAAAUUGUUAUUUCAUGCUAUAAAAUUUAUUUUAUUGAAUUUUUAACAAUAACAAUAUUUAGGAAAACUUAGGUUAAUUAUUGUAUAGCUUAAGAUAUUUUCAGUGGUUUGAAAAUUAUAAACCCAAAAUAUCAAAAUUUAUUAUUUUACAAUAAUUUAGUAUAUUUGAAUGCUAAAAAGUAUUUAUUUUUUAAGCCUUUUUUUAAAUUUUUUUAAUAAAUCUCUAUUUUUUAUUGCAUUUUGAAUAAAAAUAAAUAUAUAUUUUUAAAUGAAAUAAGUAUGUGUAUUUAAUUUUUUUUAAUUUGUAUAUAAUACGCUUAGGUACAUAUAAAUUAUUUUCAUAGAAAUUAAAAUAAAAAUAAACUAUAUAAAUUAAAGAAAUAUAUUUAAAUUUUUCAUAUAUAAAGCUUAUUGAAUAAGUAUAGUCUUUUAAGUAUCGCAGAUGGUUUUCUUUUUUAAAUUAACGCCGUAAAUUCGAACGAUAUAUCACAAUCAUAUAAAAUUAUAGUGAUAAAUAUUGUAAAAAAAAAAAACUAAAAAUAUUU